AUGGCUGUCAUUACUUUACCAGGUCCUCAAGCUCUAUCUCCAUUCAGAGUAGACAACUUGGCCAAACAAGUUUUGAAAUCUAUUGAUAAUACUAGCAAGCCCAAAAUUACCUCUUGCUAUAUCCAUUAUGUCGAAACAUUAGAAAGUCUAUCAGAUAAAGAUAUGUUCUUAUUGAAUGCACUAUUGGUUUAUGAUUCUCCAUGUCCUGAUGAACAACUGAAAAGUAUCAUUUCCAAAAACGAAUCUCCUAGUGUUACUUCCACCUUAUUAAGAAUUGUUCCAAGAUCAGGUACUAUUUCUCCAUGGUCUUCCAAAGCCACUAACAUUGCCAAUGUUUGUGGUUUGAAAUCCAAAAUCAGUCGUAUAGAAAGAGGAUUGGCUAUUUUCAUUGAUACUCCAGCAAGUGAAUUGAAUUUAAACGAAUCUACUCUAAAAACAUGUUAUGAUAGAAUGACUCAAGACUUGUACAUCAAUAAGAGCCCAAAUACUUCUAAAAUUUUCCAUCAUGAAUCACCAAGACCAUUGGUUACGGUCGAUUUGGAAAUAAAAAAUCACAAUAAGUCAACUUCGCGUGCUAUUUUACAAAAGAAAAACGUUGAGAUGGGGCUAGCUUUGGAUGAUGGCGAGAUUGAUUACUUAAUAGAUGCUUUUAACCAAAGAAGUCCUACCGAUGUUGAAUUGUUUUCAUUUGCCCAAGUUAACAGUGAGCAUUGUCGUCACAAGAUUUUCAAUGCCGAUUGGACUAUUGAUGGUGUUAGCAAACAAUUAAGUUUGUUCAAAAUGAUUAAGAAUACUUUUGAAAAAUGUCCGGACUACACUGUAUCUGCUUACUCUGACAAUGCCGCCGUUAUUGAUUGUGAUUUUGGUUCCCCAGAAGUUUCCAAAACCUGUUAUUUUGCACCAGAUUUCCAAACUAAAGAAUGGAAAGAAACUUUGGAACAAGUUCAGAUGUUAAUUAAAGUGGAAACCCAUAAUCAUCCAACUGCAGUUUCCCCAUUUCCAGGUGCUUCCACCGGUAGUGGUGGUGAAAUAAGGGAUGAAGGUGCUACUGGUAGAGGAUCCAAAUCCAAAUGUGGGUUGUCCGGUUUUGCAGUGUCUGAUUUAUUAAUUCCAAAUAACGUACAACCUUGGGAAAACGAUAAAAUUGGGAAACCAUCCCAUAUUGCCUCUGCUUUAGACAUUAUGAUUGAAGCACCCUUGGGCUCAGCUGCUUUUAACAAUGAGUUUGGUAGACCUUGUAUCAAUGGUUAUUUCCGUACUUUAACCACGAAAGUUACCAAUAGAGAUGGUGAGGAGGAGAUUAGAGGGUUCCACAAACCAAUUAUGCUUGCUGGUGGGUUGGGGGCUGUUAGACCACAAUUUGCCCUAAAAAACAAGCCCAUAACCCCAGGUAGUGCCUUGAUCGUUUUGGGUGGUGAAUCCAUGUUGAUUGGGUUAGGUGGUGGUGCCGCUUCAUCUGUUGCUUCGAGCGAUGGUAACGUUGAAUUAGAUUUUGCUUCUGUUCAAAGAGGUAACCCAGAAAUGGAACGUCGUUGCCAGCAAGUUAUUGAUGCUUGUGUUUCCUUGGAUGUUAAAAAUCCAAUUCAAAGUAUCCAUGAUGUUGGUGCUGGUGGGUUGAGUAAUGCUUUGCCAGAAUUAGUCCACGAUAACAAUUUAGGUGCUGUUUUUGAUAUUCGUAAAGUUUUAAGUUUGGAACCAGGGAUGUCCCCAUUAGAAAUUUGGUGUAAUGAAUCUCAAGAAAGAUAUGUUGUUGGUGUUGCCCAAAAAGAUUUACACGUUUUUGAGGAAAUAUGUGUUAGGGAAAGAGCUCCAUAUUCUGUUGUUGGUCAAUCUACUUUAGAGCAAAAAUUAAUUGUCAAAGACUCUCUACUAAAUACCACACCAAUUGAUUUAGAAAUGAGUGUUUUAUUUGGGAAGCCACCAAAGAUGAAGCGUAGCUGUGUAACGGAAGAUUUAAGAUUACAAGCACCAAACUUGAAACCAAUUGAUCUGUCGGAAGCUGUUGACCGUGUUUUACGUUUGCCUGCAGUAGGAUCCAAGUCUUUUUUGAUUACUAUUGGUGAUAGGACUGUUACUGGUUUAAUUGAUCGCGAUCAAUUUGUUGGGCCAUGGCAAGUUCCAGUGGGCGAUGUUGGUGUCACUGCUACUUCUUUGUCCACUGAUGUCAAGUCUUGUACUGGUGAAGCUCUAAGUAUGGGAGAAAGACCUACGCUAGCGUUGAUCAAUGCUGGCAGCAGUGCUAAGAUGUGUGUUGCCGAAUCGUUAUUGAAUAUUUUAGCAGCUGAUGUGAAAUCACUAAGACAUGUGAAAUUAAGCGCUAAUUGGAUGUCUCCAGCAUCUCAUAAAGGCGAAGGUGCUAAGUUAUACGAGGCUGUACAAAGCAUUGGUUUAGACUUGUGUCCUGAUUUGGGGGUAGCUAUUCCAGUGGGUAAGGAUUCUAUGAGUAUGAAAAUGAAAUGGCAAGACAAAGAAGUGACCGCGCCAUUGUCUUUGAAUAUCACGGCCUUUGCUCCAGUGAGCAACACUUCUAAUACAUGGACACCAUUGUUAACAGGUACUUCAGAAGACGAGUUGGUUUUAGUUGAUUUAGGACACAAGAAGUUGGGGGGCAGUGCGUUAUUGCAAGUUUUUAACCAACUGGGCAAUGAAGCACCAACUGUUUAUAACAACAAAGUUUUCAAAGGGUUGUGUGAAGCUAUUAUUGAGUUACAUGGGUAUUCUGACAUUGUUAAGGCAUAUCACGACAGAAGCGAUGGUGGUUUACUUGUUACUGUAUUGGAAAUGGCGUUUGCUUCCAAGUGUGGUUUAGAGAUUAAGCUACCAACUUUGGCAUCUUCUUCUGAAAGUGUUUUGGAAGAUUUGUUUAAUGAGGAGUUGGGAUGUGUUUUCCAAAUUAAUCACAGUAAAAUUUCGGAAUUUGUUAACAUUAUGGAAAAGCAUGGCGUUUCCAAAGAAUUAAUUUUUGUUGUGGGCAAAUCAACCAGUACUAAAGUUCAAAACAUUGUAAUUAGAGACUCUGCAGAUACAGUUAUAUUUGAAUCUACACGUGGUGAAUUGAUGAGCAAAUGGGGAGAAACCUCCUUUUUAAUGCAGCAACUAAGAGAUAAUCCAGAUACGGCCCUUGAAGAGUAUCAAUCGUUAAGGGACGACGGAAACCCUGGUAUUCAUUAUGAUUUGACAUAUUCUCCGGUAGCGGACUUGGGUAUUUCUGCUGUUGGAAAUCAAGAGGCCAAAGUUGCAAUACUAAGAGAACAAGGUGUCAAUGGUCAAAUGGAGAUGGCUUGGUGUUUCCAACAGGCUGGGUUUAGCACUUAUGACGUUACAAUGACGGAUUUGAUUGAAGGUAGAUUCAACUUGGAUGAUUUUGUUGGUUUGGCAGCAUGUGGGGGGUUCAGUUAUGGUGACGUUUUGGGUGCAGGUGCUGGUUGGGCCAAGAGUGUUUUGUUCAAUGAAAAUCUAAGGAAACAAUUUGAUAAGUUUUUGAAUAAAAGACAAGACACUUUUGCAUUUGGUGCUUGUAACGGUUGUCAAUUUUUAAGUAGAUUGAGUGAAUUAAUUAUUCCUGAAACACCUGAAUUGUGGCCAACAUUUGAAAGAAACAAGAGCGAACAAUAUGAAGCUCGUGUUUGUAUGGUUGAAAUUACUGGAGACAGUCCAGUUUUCUUUGGUGGAAUGGAAGGCAGUAAGUUGCCUAUUGCUGUUGCUCACGGUGAGGGACGUGCUCAAUUUAGUGAUGGUAAAUGGGCGGAACAAUUUAUACAAAACGGGCUAUGUGGUGUUAAAUAUAUUAAUAACUAUGAUCAAGUUACUGAAAAAUAUCCAUUUAAUCCAAAUGGUUCAACUAAUGGGAUAGCGGGCAUUUUAUCGCCUAAUGGGAGAGUACUAGCUUUAAUGCCUCAUCCAGAAAGAGUUUGUAGGUUAGAAGCCAAUUCCUAUUAUCCAAAGGACAAAUACGAAGAGUGGGGUGGUUAUGGUCCAUGGAUUAGACUAUUUAGGAAUGCUAGAAAAUGGGUCUUUGAAAAUUCAAAAUAA